AUACCCUUCAUACUUCUCCCCAUUUUCUCUUCAUCAGACAUUCGACAAAAAGAACCCUGGCAAGGCAAGAUUAUUUAUAACCAGAGUCAAAACGUCCAAGCAUGGUUUGAACGCUUUUACUCUGAACAAGCAACCAGGAAACAGCUGUCCAAGGAAAUUGGCAUUCCAGAAUCUAAAAUUCGGGGGGAUUCAGAGGGAGUAAGAGUUCAAGGUUUCUAGAGGAACCAAUUCCUUGAUAUUGCCACCAGGAAAACUCUAGCCAAACAGGCAUUCGGAAUUGAGAAUUCAAAACACCAGGACCACCCAGAACAGACAGACAUGGGCAUACUACAGUUGGGAGACUAUUCUCAGCCUCAACCUGAGCACAAAAAAAAACUGCCACAGGCUCCGGGCCAGGAGGACAUCUCUCGUCCUGCCGUGGUGGGAUGA